AUGCAGAAAUCAACCAUCCCACCCAAAGAGAAACCCCUCCCUCGUGGCGUAUACUGUCCCGUGAUCAGUCUCUACAAGCCCACCGCCCGGCAAGAGAUCGAUCUCGACGCCAUGUACAAACACUGUCAAUUCCUCGUGCGAGGUGGCCAACACGGCCUCGUGUACCAAGGCACCAACGGCGAAGCUGUCCUCCUCUCACCAGAAGAGAAGAUCUCCGUCAUCAAAACAGUGCGAAAGGCAGUCACGGACCUGGGUGUCCCUGAUUAUCCCAUUGUUGCGGGCAUCUCGGGCCAAAGUACGAAUGAGAGUAUCCAACUCGCGGAGGACGCUGCGAAGGCAGGGGCAAGUUUUGCUCUGUUGUUGCCGCCGAGCUUCUGGGCGAAGAGCGUCACGGAAGAGGCGCUGUUGGGGUUUUAUAGGGAUGUGGCGGAUGCGAGUCCGUUGCCUGUGGUUAUUUACAAUUUCCCCGGCGUCACUUCAGGAAUUGACCUGAACAGUGAUGAUCUGUCUGCUCUGGCCUCCCACCCAAACAUUGUGGGUGUCAAGCUCACAUGUGGAAAUGUUGGCAAAGCAGUCCGAUUGACGUCUAAAUUCACUCCAGCGCAGUUUAGUGUCUAUGGUGGCUCAUCAGACUUCCUUUUCCCCACUCUGGAAGCAGGCGGGGUAGGAUGUGUGACUGGAAUGGCAAAUGUGUUCCCAAAAUCAACCUCUCGUGUCUAUGACUUGUGGAUUGCAGGCAAGAAGGAGGAAUCCAAGAGGCUACAAGAUAUUGUGGCCAACGCGGAGUGGGCUUGCAAGAAGAGUUUGGCGCUGACCAAAUUUGCUGCUGGAUACUUUGCUGGAAAGAAGCUUGGCUUGACGGAUCCGAAGACUUUCUUUCCAAGGAAACCAUAUUUGCCUGCAAAUGAGAAGAUGCAAAAAUGGACAAUUGAGACGAUGGGCGUGCUUUUGGAGGAAGAGGAGAAGAUCCCGGACAAGGUGUUUGGGAAAGUCGUGAAUGGGACGCAUUAG